AUUUCAAUUCGAUCACCCUCACCAUUGUCCCACCUCCACUCAAAGCUCAAAACCGCGCCUUUUUCAAUAACAUUCUCUUCUACUCUUUCAAUCUCUCUCCCUUAAUCAACACCAAAAAAAAAAAAAAAAAAAAAAAAAAAUCCACCAAAAAAAAAAAAAAAAAAAAAAAAAAAAAACCAAAAACUGUUUGCGAAAACAAGAAGACCAUGAAUUUGCAGAGCGGUUUUCCGCUGCUGUUCCAACAGUACAAGGCGCUCUUCAAGAAGAAUCUCAUCCUCUCAUGGCGGAACCGGCGGGCGACCAUCAUCCAGCUCUUCUCCUCCUUAAUCUUCAUCUUCCUCAUCUACGCCAUCCAGGAGGCGAUCACAUCUCGAUUCUCUUCCACCACCAACUACAAGAGCAUCACCAAUCCCCGCCCUCUCGUCUCGCCGCCGAUCCCGCGCUGCGAGGACAAGUACUACGUCAAGCUUCCUUGCUUCGACUUCGUCUGGAGCGGAAAUGGAAGCUCGAGGGCUCGGAGCAUUGUCGACGCCAUUAGGGAGAAUAAUCCUGGAAGGCGGAUUCCCUUGGAUAAGGUCAAAUCAUUUAGAACAGCAGAUGAAGUAGAUGCUUUUCUGUUUGAUAAGCCUAUGUACUGUCCAGCAGCUUUGCAUUUCACCGAAAUAAAUGACACUGUAAUGAGCUAUGGCAUUCAGACGAAUUCAACUUCACUGUCAAAGAGAGGAAUUUAUGAAGACCCCACAUUCAAGUUCCAAAUCCCGCUUCAGAUUGCCGCAGAGCGCGAAAUUGCUAGGUCUCUGCUUGGAGUUCCAAACUUUAGCUGGCUCGCCUCGCUUAAGGAAUUUGCACACCCUGCUGUGGAAAUCGUCAACGUAAUGGACUCAAUAGGACCCACCUUUUUCCUUGCAGCUGCUAUGUUCGGAUUUGUACUUCAAAUGGGUUCUUUGAUCGCGGAGAAAGAGCUAAAACUCCGUCAGGCAAUGUCUAUGAUGGGUCUCUAUGAUUCUGCAUACUGGUUGUCGUGGCUCACGUGGGAGGGGAUUCUUACACUUAUCUCAUCACUUUUUAUUGUUCUCUUUGGCAUGUUGUUCCAGUUUGACUUCUUCUUGAACAACAGUUUUGCUGUUGUAUUUCUUGUGUUCUUUCUAUUCCAACUCAACAUGCUUGGCUUUGCCUUCAUGUGUUCUACCUUCAUAAGCAAGUCAUCUUCAUCUACAACAUUUGGUUUCUUUACAUUUAUUAUUGGCUUUCUGACCCAGCUUGUUACAGCUUUUGGUUUUCCCUACAACAGUGGCAUCUCUAAACUAUAUCAAGUUAUUUGGUCGUUUUUCUCUCCUAAUCUUUUGGCUGAAGCUCUAACUUUGCUUGCUGGUGCAACUUCCACGCCUCAAGAUCCUGGGAUUAGCUGGGAUAGACGAGAUAAGUGUGCACCAAAUGAUGAUGAAUGUGUGAUAACAAUUAAUGAUAUUUAUAUCUGGCUGGUGGCUACAUUUUUCCUCUGGUUUGUGUUGGCAGUCUACUUUGAUAACAUCUUCCCUAACGUAUCUGGUGUAAGAAAAUCGGCGUUCUACUUUUUAAAUCCUGGAUACUGGACUGGAAGAGGUGGAGGCAAAGUGUCAGAGGGGAGCAUUUGUAGUUGCUUUGGCUCAGUCCCACCAUUGGAGCAUAUCCCUCCAGAUGAUGAAGAUGUCCUUGAAGAGGAGAAUCUCGUAAAACAACAAACUAGGGAAGGUAUUGAUGAUCCAAACAUUGCAGUUCAGAUACGCGGCCUAGUGAAAACAUUUCCUGGUUCCACAAACAUUGGUUGCUGCAAAUGCAAGAAAACUUCACCUUUCCAUGCUGUCAAGGGCUUAUGGGUGAACUUUGAAAAGGAUCAAUUGUUUUGCCUACUUGGACCCAAUGGAGCAGGGAAGACCACGACAAUCAGUUGUUUGACUGGAAUCACACCGGUGACUACUGGAGAUGCAUUGAUAUAUGGGUGCUCCGCCCGAAGCUCCGUUGGCAUGUCUAACAUCCGAAAAAUGAUAGGUGUUUGUCCCCAGUUCGAUAUUCUUUGGGAUGCACUUUCUGGGAAAGAGCACCUAGAACUCUUUUCUUGCAUUAAGGGUCUACCCCCAUCUUCAAUAAAGUCGGUUGUUGAAAAGUCUCUUGCAGAGGUUAGACUCACUGAGUCUGCCAAAAUGAGAGCUGGCAGUUACAGUGGGGGAAUGAAACGUCGCCUCAGUGUUGCAAUAGCCCUUAUUGGUGAUCCGAAACUAGUCAUCUUAGAUGAACCUACUACUGGUAUGGAUCCAAUAACAAGAAGGCAUGUAUGGGACAUUAUAGAGGAUGCCAAGAGAGGGCGUGCCGUAAUCCUAACAACACAUUCAAUGGAAGAAGCUGACAUUUUAAGUGACCGCAUAGGAAUUAUGGCAAAGGGUAGGCUUCGCUGCAUUGGAACCUCAAUCAGAUUGAAAUCACGUUUUGGAACUGGUUUUGUCGCUAAUGUGAGCUUCGCUGGGUGCACCAAUGGACAAACUCCAAGCAAUGGGGAUAUAGUUGAUACAACUCAUCAUGAGGAUGUGAAGAAAUUCUUUAAACAGCAUUUGGAUGUUGUACCAAAGGAGGAGAACAAAUCCUUUUUGACUUUUGUCAUUCCUCAUGAUAGAGAGGCUCGUUUGUCGAGCUUUUUUACUGAGCUCCAAGAUAGAGAAAAGGAAUUUGGUAUAGCUGACGUUCAACUUGGUCUUACAACUCUUGAAGAAGUUUUCUUGAACAUCGCAAGGCAGGCGGAUCUAGAAAGUGCCGCCGCUGAGGGCAGGUUGGUUCCUCUCACUUUGACAACAUCUGGAGUUUCGGUUGAGAUACCAGUAGGAGCUCAAUUCGUGGCAAUUCCGGGAACCGAAAGUGCAGAGAAUCCUAGAGGGAUUAUGGUAGAAGUAUACUGGGAACAGGAUGAGAUGGGGGGUCUUUGCAUCUCCGGUCACUCGGAAGAAACUCCGGUACCUCCCAACAUCGGACCGGUGGCAACUUCUGCACCCGCUCCACGCAGGAAUCUCUUAGGCCGGGCAGGACUUGUUCCUGGAGUUGUGCUUGAUCCCAAUCAAAUCAUCAACAACAAUUCUCAAAAUUGAUGCAAUUACGUGCCUGCAAAUUCAUAGAGGUUCCAAUUGUUGUAUGCAGCUUGUUCAUUUAUUAGAUACUAGUUUUGGAACACAACGAUCAUUUGCUUAUUGUUUGAGACGUUGAUAAUUUUUUGUGUUGCGGUUAUAUUAUAAAUAUAUAUUUUUUUAUUAUGUACAUA